UAUAUUAGGGGAGAGUUAGUACCACGUGUUGUUUUUGGCUCAGGUAAAUAUUUAGGCCACACGGGGAAUGAUGUGAGGUCGACAUCUGAAGUACAAGCUGUAAUUUCUACGUUACAUAACGAAUGUUGUAAAACCAGAUUAUGAUAUAGGUUGGGAGAAAAUGGCCAGUAACAGAAACUAUUCCAUUGGACUGCUUUGUUACAUUGUGUUUCAUUUUAACAUGUGAAUUGGAUAAAGUGUCGAUAAAUUCAUAUUUUUAUAAUAUUAUUGUGAAGAAACAUAAUGACAUCAAAAACGAAAUCACGCGAAUCGCGCGGUCAGGCAAUGAGGCCGGAUUAUUACAGACGCCAAAUGGUAGCCGUGCCAAUGGUUCCCAUUAAAGUCUCUCCGGAGAUGGCAAACGCUAUCCGGCGUAGGGAAGGUAUGGCUGGUGUGGAGUACUGGAAUCAAAUGGCCGCCAACGGCAUGGUGUCUCGACCGAUGCGUAGAUUGACGGUGGAGCAAGCUUUUCCUAGAAUGUAUACUAAUGGAUAUGCAAAUAUUGAGAGAAUUCCAAACAACACAGCGAUAAGAGCUCGCGACCCAAGUCGAAAAUCCCAGCAACCGUUAAGUAAUGGUGUCGCUAAGCACCACGAUAGUAAAGUUGCUUCUUUAGACCCGAAAAAAGCGACAGCAACGGAUCUAAGUACUUUCCAAUCAAAAGAUGGAUUUAGUAAUGUUCCAGCCGAUCUUUCUCGCAAUUAUCAAAUUUAUGAUGCUAAAGUCCGUUACGUCGACAACGGGGUUCAACGAUCAAAUCUAGCAACGAAAAGUGAAUCAAGAUCGAAAGGAAACAAAAAGAAAGAUAGCAAAUCAGAAGACACUUCAAAGCAAAAUGGACACAGAAUACCUAUGGUCGUUACUCACACGACUACGAAAAGUGAAAACGGACAGGCUUAUACAGCUAGUGGUGGGCAGCCGAACUAUCGUAAUGUCACACAAACAGAAAACAGUAAAAUGGACACGUAUAGACGGACCUGGUCAGAGAUGGCACAUUUAUCAGUUAACGGUUCAGUAGCCAGAAUCUCCGAACCGACAUUUCAAAAAAUUGGGAUGAAUCACACGUUUAGAAUUCCUCGACCCAAAGCAAUGAUUGAUCCGAGAGGCAGCGUGGCUCACCGGCGUAUAAAUCUAACGGCGUCAAAGAAACGUGCCGUACGAUUUGGUCAAGAUAAGGUGUAUGAAUAUACUCCACUGGAGCCCGUGGACAAUAUCCCCAUACACGAGGAACUAUUAUAACUAUUAAUGGAUUUAAUACAACGCUAAUACUGUGCAAUGUGGAAUGGUGUAAUUAUCUCAUGGUGCAUAAAAUAUGAUCGCAUAUAUAUUUGAAUAUUAUGUUAUUUACUGUUUACAUAAUAUUGAUUAUUGGCAUAAUAUUCAUAUCAUCUACACACUAGUAUUCAGUAUGACAUAGUUAAUCAUAAUAUUUGUGCAUUCUUUAUUUAUUUCAAUCGUGUUAUGGCUUUGACUUACACGCAGAAUUGGUAUCAUGUCACUGAAGAUAUGAUUUCAAAACAUAAGUUCUACUCGGCAGAUAUGUAGUCUCGCUAAUCCAGAUACAAUACAUUUCAAGUGUACUGAAAAUAGGACUUACUCAAGGGAUGUUCGCAUGUUUGUCCUAUAUUAUGUUUGAAACUGCAUGAGUAAUCCAUUUUUUUUUUAUUUAACAACGACUUGCGCAAUAUUCUCAUAUAAUGUUAUUGGUCAGAUUGAUAAUGUUGUUCCUGGAUUUUGUCAUAUAAUGAAGAGUGUCAACCAAAUGGCAAAAUGUGCUUAUUCUGUCUUAAAUUACGAAACAAUAUUUUAGUAUUGCAUAUUACACUCUGGUUGGUUCCGAUAUGAAGUGCGCAUCCAUUUAUUAUCAUGUAUACUAUUUAGACUUCACAAUACGCUUUAUUUGUAUCUAUACUUUAAUCUUGUCGUAAUUUGCCCACCUGCUCGUUCAAUCUCUUUGAUAAUAUCCCAAAAUACAUUACUUCGUCUUGAUGAGUUUAAAGGGAAGAAGCAUGUACAUUUCGAAGAUCACUUUUGCCCAAACAUCACACCAGGUCUAUGAAAGUUUUAUAGGUUGCCUAUUAAAUUAGGUUGUUGGGGUAAGGGGGUUGGCUUUUAUUAAAUUGAAAUAAGUGUUGAGAUAUUGAUUUCGGUCAGUGCGUUGUGCGUGAGGUUUAUUGUGGACAACCAAGCUGCAGUUGAAAGGAUGUUCCGUUGAAUUUAAACCUAUGUGUUUAUCGUUAGAUAACGUCAAUUCAAGUAGGUGCAAUACCGGAACUAAGAAGCGCGGGGAUUUAAUUGGGAUCGGCACUGCAGAAGAACAACGGUCUGGUCUCAAAUUGGGGCAAAGUCAAAUAAAUGUGUUGUAAUGGCCGAAUUUGGGAGCGCCCCCACCCACCCAUAUUUUCGGUUGAGCGCAAGAUCAAAAGUUCAAUUGAAUGAUCGAGUGAGUCUUAUUUAGAUUUGAAAAUAUGAAGGUCAUUUUUGGGGGCCUUCAUUGUGUCCACAAUCAGGGGCCCAAUUUUAAAUCCUGACUGUUCCAUUCGAUAGGACUCCUUUUACACGAGAAAGGGGUCCGUGGGUAGUUUUGACCUUGACUUGAACUCCACCGGUAGACAUCUAUGUUUAUAGUGCCGCCAGUUCGCUAGGAAAUGUGAGAUCAUUCAUACAUUAAUAUGGAUAUAAUGUAUUUAUAAGUUUUCCCUGAAAUUUGAUUUCUUUUUACACUCAAGACAACUAACGAGAAUCUCUGGAAUUAUAAUUUGGCUAAAGGUUUCUCAUAUAGCUUUUGAUUGAAGUUUGAAACGUGGUUUCUAAUCCAAAAAUAUAAUCAAUAUUCCUAUUUUAUUCGACGUCUAUUACUCGCCCAGAAUAUACCUCUGAAUGCUCAAAAAUCUAAUUUGCCAUAACAAAAAGUUCUGGGGUUGCAUCUCUCUCACCCACCCACUCCGUCGGGGUCUUCGCGCCGCACGCGACCCUAAAGAUUUAAAUAAUAUUUUAUUGUAUCAUUACAUCGAUCAAUGGACAGCAUACAAAGAUAACGUUAAGACCCUACUCUACUCCACCCCUGGACUUGCCCCCCCCCCCCCACACACACACACACAACCAAGGUUAAUUUGGUCCUGAGUAGGUCCAGGUCCGGUUCUGGAUGUUUCAUUGCCUGUCAACCUAUGUUAAUAACUCCAAUCCUGAUAAGGAAAAUGUGGCAAAUACAAAUCUGAAGAAUGAAGACUAUUGAUUAUUAAUAUUUUCUCUGUAACAUAAAAGAACAAGUAUUUUAACUUUUUAUUAAUACCUAAUUAUUGGUAAUAAUAAACGGAGCUAUUCCAUUAUCAUUAAUCUCUA